AUAGCCGUAUAAUUUUUUUUUCUUUCUUUUUGAGACUUGAGAAUGUUGAAAAUAAAAGAGUGGUGCGCGUUAUCCAGCCAGAGAGUGAGAGAAAGAGAAUGGAUAUAGCUAUUUUCUCGGUUCCAUCUUCUCUCCCUCUUCCUAUUCAGCCUCAUGCCCGAUUGAACAAGCAUAAUACCUCAUGUCAAACAAUCUCUUACCAUCUUUCUUCUAAGUCAUUUGUUGCUCUGUGCUCUCCUUCACCGAGUUCUUCUUCUUCUUCUUCAGUGGUUGGGGUUCCUGAUGAAUCUGGAUACGGCAUCACACAGAGCGGGGGUUGUAAGGCAUGUGGAAGAGAAGAGAUAGAGAAAGGGUGCAACGGUGAAGGAAGGAUGCAGGGUGGGAUUGCCACGGUUCCUGGAUUUGGUUGGUGGCCCAUUAAAGCUUAUAGACCAUGCCCGGGUUUCGUGGCCUCCGGUGGUCGCUAUCGCCGAUACGGACAAAGCAUGGACGAGGUUGCCUUCGGCCGUGGCCCUACUCCCUCUUCCUCUCCCACCGACUCUAACCCGAUAAGCAACAAGAAGCAAGAUCCCAAGAAAUCAAAGAGAUAAUAUAAUAGCCUUCACACUCACUGCAUUGCUCAAUGUGGUUCUGCUUCCGAUGUUCUGCUCUACACUCGUACACUCGUUCACUAUUCCGCAAAUAUAAAUACUCUUACUCUCGUUUUGUUCUGAAUAUACAUAUGAUGUAUUAUUGAUGUUUCUGCUGAGUUUUGAGAUAUUAAUUUUCUUAAGUUUUAUUUGAAUUCAGUCAGUUGAUGUUGAAUUAAUUCUGCUGAGAUGGAGUUAUAUAUUAAAUUUGUUUUAAGUUUAAUUUAUUAAUUAUGCUGAGAAUGAUUUUUGCUGAGAUUGAUAUGAAUUAAUUCUGCUGAGAUUGAGUUAUAAAUCCAAUCUGUUUUACUUGUUAUUUUGCUGUCAUUGAUUCAAAAGAGAAACAUGGCUACAAUUCUGCAUUGGAUUUACUAUAUGCCUUCAAAAUAAGGGUUGGGUGAAGUUCAGACAAGGAGAUGGUUUACUCAUAGGAAAAGAGAAUGAAGUUAAGAAGCAAAGAACAAAAAGAUUACCUAAUUUAUGAAAAUGGAAAAUUCAGGAAUGGAAACCUAAUUUAUAAAGGUUAUUUAUGCUUCUUUAUUGUGUUUUUGUCUUGUUUAGUUAAUUUAAUUGUUUAGUUUUUUUGUGCUCUGGGCUUCUUACUGUACUGUGGAAUUGCUUCUUCCAGCUCAAAUUGUAGACUAUACUGAUUUCUUUUCCACCUUGCACCAUACUAAAA